AUGGCACCGCAUAGGAUCCACGUGGCAGUCCUUGACGCCGACGUUCCCUGUCUAUCCGUCUACCAGCGACGAGGCCUUUAUAGCUCGCAGUUCCGCGUGCUUCUGCAGGCAGCGGCCGAGCGCCUGAACCAGACUGCAGAGACCUUGCAAAAUGGACCGCUAGCAGUCCACGUCACGGCCUUUGAUGCCGUGGGAGGAACACUCCCGCCGCUCGAAUGUUUGCGGUCCAAUCCGCGGACUCCGGCUGAAACCACUGCCGGUGGGCCAUUGGGCGUGAUCGAUGCCAUCUUGAUCACGGGCUCUGCGGCCUCAGCCUACGACGACGAGGCCUGGAUCCGGGACAUGCAGUCGUUCAUCCAGACGGUGCAUACCCAGUACCCGCAGGUGAAGCUGUUCGGCUCAUGCUUCGGCCACCAAAUCAUCGCCCAGGCCUUGUUGUCAGGCAACACCGAAGACUCGGCAGACUCUGCACACACAUUCCAUGUGCAGUCCUCGCACAAGGGCUUCGAGAUGGGUAUCCAGCCCAUCACCCUGCACCCCGCAUUCACCGCGCACUUCCCUCCUCUCGCGCGUGCUACCUCCCAGACUCCAUUCUGCAUCCAGCUCAUCCACGGCGAUCGGGUCGUCCCCACCCCGUCCGCAACAGCUGCAGCCAGCGACGCCGACGUGCCGCUGCCCGCGCCGUGGAUGAACAUCGGGCACAGCGCCGCAUGCGCCAUCCAGGGCCUGUAUUGCCCCGGCCGCGUGCUGACGUACCAGGGCCAUUUCGAGUUCGACACUUUCGUCAACACCGAGCUGUGUCAGGAAUUCGGCCGGCGCGCAAACUGGCCCGCGCUACGGGUUGCCUCGUAUCUGGAGCAGAUCCAGCGGGCUUUUGUACCCGGCAAGGACGAUGAUGAUGACUCCAAGGCAGCGGCUGAGGCUGUGUUGCUUUUCUUUGCGGGGGAGGACCAGCGGACUCGGCCUGGGGGUGUUGUUGCGUCUACUGGGUUGAUGACACCUCCACUUUAG